AUGUGGGUGGAUGUCGCCGCCGUGGGCAGCGGCCCGGGAAUUUUUGCGACAACCACCAAGCGCAAGGGAUCACCACCUCGAUUUGCAACUACAUCCUCUGUCCAUCCCCCCAACGGACUCGCAAGGCACAACAAGGGUCACAGCUUCGCGGGAGAGCCUCUCGCAAUGGGGAAAUUUCCUUCCACGACGGUCCUCGCGCCCUUGAGAGCGGCCGUCUCACGCGCCAAGAGCCCCAGAACGCCGCCGACAAGCUUUGCCAUUCAAGUCCGCCAUGCAACAUUCAUCCCUCGUCCCCGUCGACCGUAUUCAUUCACCCAGCUUGUCACCCUCUCCGACGGCUCGACCUACACCAUGCGCACGACGUCCCCUAACCCCAUUUACCGCGCAUCAAAGGAUACCCGCAACACGCUCCUGUGGCAACCGAGCGAGAAGUCCCUCCGAAAUGUCGAACUAGAUGAGGCCGGAAAACUCGCUGCUUUUCGUGAGCGGUUUGGCCGCGCGUUUGAUGCCGCCGCUCAGUCGGAGGAGGGCGAGGCCCCUGCUGCAGCCAGCGAGGCCAGCGACGAUGUGUUUGCAGAUUUAAUUACGGGAUAUGCCGCACAGGAUACGAGCACCAUGAAGGAUUCGGGGCCGAAGAGGGCACCUACUAGGAGAAAAUAA